AGGCUUGUAAACAGCACUGAACCGAGGACAAGAAAGACACACAUCUAUAACUGAACAUCGCACAUUUUCCAGCUCUUCAGAGUUCAACUUCUGCUUGUGUUUAUCCGCUGUUGCUCCGUUAGUUUUCUAUUCGCUGGCAAAAUGAGCAACCACGUUGACGUGAAAAACAUUGAACCGACCACUUUUGAGGACCGCUACUACGAUGAAUAUGAAUAUUAUAACUUAACAGACCGUUAUACCGAGUGCGCUAGUCGCAAGGGCAGGACGAAGAAGGAGGCGAGCUGUAACACGAACAGACCCAACCCUGCGGGACACGAGCACAAAAUCGUGGAGAAACUCCAGAAUGCGGAGAAGAAGUCCAAAGAGUGACGCAGAAGAUAUUCAAUCGGACGGCUAUUACUGGCAACCGACCACGGGUGUCUCUGCGGAGACGGGCGCUGAGCUGCAGCAGGAGUGACUACACGAACCUCCGCCUCAGGAUGAGAUGAGCGGGCCAGUGACUCGUCAAGUGGAGAGUUUUGUGGGGUACAUCGCUCUUGUGUGUGUGGUGGGCCCUGCAGAACGAGCACCUGUUCAGAGGAACCGAUAUGCUUGUGAUGUUGAAUGUAGGUUUUAAACGGGAGCUUUGAACACGUUUGGUGCUUUGGUAUGAC